UGUAGGGCGAUAAGGUCUCCUCUGAGCCUCCCCUUCUCCAGACAGAACAAUCCCAGCUCCCUCAGCUGCUCCUCUAAGACCUGUGCUCCACAUUAGCAGUCCUGUGAGCUCUGGCGGCAGUGACAUUUAGGCUGACACAGAGUAAGCACCAGGAGGAGCACGCAGCAGAGAUGUCAGCAAAAUUCUGCUGUCGAUUUCCAUGCUUGUAGUGCUUUGUAGCUAAUUAUGCUUUUAAUAAUCUUAAAUAAAUACAAUUCUACUCCUCAUUUUCUUCCCGUGUGGUUGUGGUAUAGAUCUCAAUGUCAUUUGAGCAAGACAAUUAAACCUCUGGUGAAACAUUAGCUUUGCAAUAGAUAUAGGAUUACUUUCUGCAGAAAGAAGCACCGUGGCGCUGCAGGGUAAUGAAGCCGAUGUUUGCAACCAUCUCAGGAUGCUGUCGUAGCAAGAUGUAUUUUUGGACUCGAUUUUUAACCGUACAGUUUAAUUUCUGGAGCUUCAAAAUAUAAUGAAAUGUAUUUCAAAAUACCUGCUGUUCAGUUGUGGAUUUUGGAGCAAAUUGGGAAUGUGCUUAAUUGCUGCAGAGAGGCCUUGGAGAUGACUCCCUGAGACCACUAGGAUGCCUGGCUGUUUUAAAAAGACUUUAUUUGCCUUGGCUUCUGCAAUAAGUUUUGCAUCUUUUAUCUUGAUUGUUGUUGCAAUGGGGACCCCGAAGUGGAUGACCGGGAAGAUCUUGUGCAAAACAGGAGCUGAAUUAGUCAAUGCCACAGAUCCAGAGCUGAUCAAGUUCAUUGGAGAAAUUUACUAUGGACUCUUUCGAGGCGGCAAAAUACGUCAGUGUGGGCUGGGCGGGCGUCGCUCCAAAUUCUCAGUUUUCCCACAUAUGGUGAAGAAACUGAAUACAGGCCUACAUGUGAUGAUAAUAAUGUUCCUUUGUGUGGCCAUUUCCUUUUCUCUGGUCAGUUUUGGAUUCUGCAUUCUUAACGCAAUAAAAGUUCCUUACCGAGCUAUUAAGGGUCCAGCAGGAAUAUGCCUUUGGAAUUUCCUUGCAGGUGGAUUCAUAGCUCUUGCACUCACCGGCUUUAUGGCAGCUGUAAAACUUCACCGUCUCACAGAAAGAAUUGCCAAUUUUCGGGAAAAUGUCUUUCAAUUUGUUAUCUUAGAAGAACAGUUUGAAGAUUGUUUUUGGAUUUGUGUGGCAAGCGCCACAGCACAUGCAGUGAACUUGCUGCUAAUAGCCAUUAGUUGUAUUAAUUUCCCUAAAAUUAAGACUAAAACAGAAGAGGCAAAUGUUACAGCUGAAGAUAUCAUGUACUAAUAAAUCUACUUAAGAUUUCUUUGGUGAAGAAAACUGUCAUGUUAGAAAUGGCUUCUUGGCUUUUCCGCUUCUGGCUUGGAUGGAGAGUUUUGGUUUAGACAUGAGUAAAGUAUGCCAAGUAUGCAAUUCUGCAGUAUUUUUUAAGGUCAGUCUACAGCACCAGCAAUUAGCACACAUGGAAAAGUAGGAUGAACAAAUGCUACAAACAUUAUUUUCAAAAAUGAUCUGUAUGUGCAAUAUAUGCUGCUAACAGUUUUGAUAAAACAUUUUAAAUACUUUAGAAAAAUAAGGUGAAUAAUAAUUUCUCCUAAACCAAAUGUCUUUUUCUUUUUUGUUUAUAAAGAAAAUAUUUUCAGCAUAAACCUUUGAAAACAGGAUUAUUACAGAACAAAAAGACUGGAGGUUUGCCAAUUACCUUCUCAGAAUUAUCUGGAAAUGUUUAAGAGAGCCAACAAAGACAUGUUUGAUGAUGAUAAACUGCAUUGAAGAAGGAGACCUCACUAUCUGUGGGGCUAAACUUAGGGGGAAGCACAGGCUAAGAGUGUGUGAUAGUGUUUAAAAAUAGAAAUUAUCAAACUCCACAAAGUACAGAGGUGAAAAGAGUAAAGUUUAUGGGAUGCUGGUAAGCUAUGAAUAAAUGACUAGCUGUAUGAUGAAGGUUUCAUUGCAAGUUCUGGAAGUAAAGUAAAUGGAAUCUAAGUAACAGUGCUUUUAAAUAAUCUGAAAAGUGUAACGUUAGUGAUCUUCAACCUCCUGUCAAUUCCUGCUUCUGUCUGAAAUCAAGCAAAAUAAAUAUAUGAUGAAAGAGGACAAAAAUGAAUAAAAAUGGUUACAUGGAUGGAAGAUACCAGGAAGUACCCUAGUUCUGACAAGCAUUUAAGCAGUUCUUGCACCACAAAUAAUUAAUACUUCACUGAAAAGAAUAUGCCAUUAAACGUGUCCUUUUUUUCUCCUUUCAUUACUAUAGUGAACAUAGCAAUAGGAACUACAGAAAACUUAUGAAUCUCUUUGAAUGAAUGAAAGGAGAUAUUAUCUAAGUUAAUGUAAAUGAAUUAUUUUGUAGUCAGUUGCACUUUGUCAGACCAGCAUGUUGUGUGACUCCACUCUUGUGACAAGUUCUUUGAGAAAAAUAGUAACAUUUGUAGGUUUAAAAGUGUUUUUAAAACAUCUCAAGAUAUAUAAAAAAAAAACAAAUUA